UCAAAAUAUAUUCUUUUCUUAAAAAAAAUCUGAUGCAAUAAAUUGUAUAUCAAGUGUGAUUUCUUCAGUUUACUUUGAUUUUCCUAUUAAAAACUAUAUCUGAAGUAGAGAAGCAAUAAACAAUAUCUGAAGUAGAGAAUCUCCUCAGUAUAAUAAUAUAUAUGCAAACACAAGAAAAUCCUAUUUGGACUGUUAUGCUUGAAUCAUUCUAAUAGUACUCUCUCUGUCUACCAUUUAUUUUUUUAAUAACAAAUACCACAUAAAACCAGCAAUGAAGUCUUAAUGAAUCUGCAAUAUUGACCACCAUUCUAACUUGGUCAACCUUUGUUCUGUACCAGUCAUUACUAUUACUAAGAAAAAAAAAACCAGAAACAUAGUACAAUCAAAAUACUGGUGUUGUCAUUUUAUAUAUUUAUAUUUUUUUAAAAAAUAAUGAUUCUUAUUUCUGGCCAAGUUGUAUAUGCCUCAUCAUUGUUUAAUACUCCAACCAAGCUAGUACAACAUCCUUACACCCACCAUGAGAGCUUUCAACUCCAAAGCCUUUUCUUUUCUCCUCAUAUUUUCUCCCCUUUCUUGUUUAUCAAAUGCAUCAAAUACCCUUAGAACAGGUGAAACUUUGUAUAAUUAUGAAACCUUGGUUUCUUCUAAUGGGGUGUUUGAGUUGGGAUUCUUCAGUUCUGGUGAUUCAGGCAAUGAGUAUGUAGGAAUUUGGUUCAUAAAUGACAAGGACAAGAAGGCAGUUUGGGUUGCGAACAGAGAAGAUCCUCUCCCAGCUUCCUCAGGAUCUCUUAGCAUUACUAAUGGAAACUUGGUUAUAUAUAACAACAGAACAUCAGAUAAGACCAUUCUCAACAGUGAUGCACCUGCAACUACUAAUAAUACAAUUGCUAAACUUCUUGACUCGGGAAAUUUUGUCUUGAUCCAAGGCGAAAAGAUGAUAUGGCAGAGUUUUGAACAUCCAACAGAUACAUUUCUACCUGGAAUGAAGUUGGGAUUGUUUAACAUUGGAGCGAGUCAGCCGAGGGUCCAGUUUCUUUUGUCAUGGCUUAAUCCUGGUGAUCCAGGAAAAGGCUCAUUCUCUUUAGGCUUUGACAGAGAAAACAAGACUCAGUUCAACAUCUGGUGGGGUGAAAGUGUUUAUCAAGAGAUUGGCUUUUGGGAUGGGAAAAACUUCAGAUUAUUCUUCGAAAGCUCAUCAAAUAAUCAUAACUUUAGUUAUGUAUCAGAAGAGAAGGAGACUUAUGUUACUUUUAGUAACAAAGAAAGCAUUGUGUUCUCAUGGUUUGUGAUGGCAUAUCAUGGGGUUAUCAAUGAGUACAAAAUGGAAGAUCAGCGAAUUUCAAUGGUCAAUUAUUCGCUUUGUGAUGGCACGGCAGUGAAGAAUUCUAGUGGUUGUUUGAUCAUUCCAUUAGUUUGUGAAAAUGGUGAUGAUUUCUCUGAGAUAACAGGACUAAUGCCGACUUCAAUAAUCACUCGAAGGGCUACUGCUAUUGGUAUAAAUGGCUGUGAGUUGCUGUGCAGGAGCAAUUGUUCAUGUGUUGCAUAUGCUUACUCAAGUAGUGAUAGAUAUGGAUGUGAACUAUAUUAUGGAAGUAAGUUGGAUCUUCUGAAAAUGACAGGGAAGGGAAACCGAGCUAUUCUUUUGCGUGGACAUCGAAAAUCUAGUAAGCUUUUUCACUUCUACUAUGAAAUCAGAAGAUUUGAACUUAUAACCAUAUUGUUUCAUGUGGUUAACUGUAAUGAUCUUUAG